UUCGAAUCCACUUGAACUAGUGUAGUCAUGUAGCUGGACUUCUAAAAUUGAUCGACAACAGAUACCACUUAACGUGCAUUAUUGGUCAGGAAUGGAUUCAUGAAUAUCUUUUAAUCGAUUAUUGAUCUUCUGGAAGGACAAUUCUUAUAUAUUUCAGAGAUUAAGUCCAAGCAUUUUACAUCGAAAUGCCCAUUUCCCAUAAUACCGUAAAUGGGUGGAAUAAUUUACCACAUCUUGUUGUGUCAAGGCUUUCUGUUAACGCUUUAAAAGAUAUUGGAACUAAAUUGUACUGUCAAUCCCGUAUCAUUUGACCUUCUAUCCAAACCGUCGAAGACUAGGGAUAUUGGACUUUGGGUAUGCGCGCGCUUACCGAAUACUUUGGUAUUUCUUCAAGACUGAUGCAAUGUGGAAAUGAAUUAAACAUUCUUUUAACACAUGUUACUUAGAUGAUGAGCUGCUUCCCGUACGGCCAUAGAGGCAAUGCCUCUUCUCAGUUCGAGAGGUCCGAAGUAACACAGAAUUGGGUGACUAAUCCUACACAUGGUACUGAUACUACAGGUGGCAGAACACCUGCACCACCCUUAAGGACAACAAGCGCACCUCUUGGAAGUUCCAUUGAAAAUAUAUCCUUUAAACCGAAUAAACCAUUACCACUUACACCAGUGGAAGAAGAAAAACGUGACAAAAAGAAAUACAAAAGUAGUGCCAGUAAACUUGGAAAAUUCAAACCAUCUAUUAUGCUAAAUAUAUCAGCACCAGUCAAUGUUAUGCAUAAAGUACACAUUACAAUAGAUCCAGUUACUGGUGAAUUUGAGGGUAUGCCUCCAGAAUGGUCUCACAUGUUAACGGUGGCAGGCAUCACAAAAUGGGAACAACAACAAAAUCCAACUGUUGUACUAAAUGUGUUAAAUUUAUUGAGUAGAAAAGAUGAUACUCCUCAAAAAUAUAUGACAAGUAUUAUAGGACCACCAAGUGCAUUGGAUCUGUCUUCAACUGAUCAAAUUAACACUUCAAACGAUUCAAAUAUUAGUCAAGCACUUUCAUUACCAGCAUCAAAUUGUACCAAAUGUUGUACACCGGAUACAGAACGUGUUACCUCAUUAACUAGAAUAUCAUGUUCAGUUGAUGUCGGACCAAGAAGUAGCAGUUUAAGCAGUGGUCGUGGCAGUAGUGAAGGUAUUGGAAGUCGAAGUGGAAGUGGUAGUGGUGGUGCUGUUAGUCGAAGUAGUAGUAGCGGUCAUGGAGGUGUUGGUGGUUCCAGUGGUAUCCAAAUGUCUGGAAUGGUUCUUAGUCCUUCUGGUAGUUCCAAUGUAGCUAUUCCUCCGUCAAGUAGUUACAGUAGUUCAGGUAGUAGUUAUUCUUCAAGUACAGGAAGUGGGCCAGCACCACCAGCCGUCAUCAAUGGAGUUGAACUUGUACCUGCACCGCUUCUUCCGCAUAAAUUAUCAUUUAGUCCUUCAGGUCAAGCGUUAAAUUAUUCUGCAAUAUCUAAUCCAUCUAUGGAUAACGCAGCUAACACAACUCUUCUUAAUUCGAUAUCUGAUUCCCAAGCAAUUCAUCAAUCUUCACUUACCUUACCUCCAUUAGCCCCAGCGCUUCAUAAUCAUACAUGCGUCGUUGGAAACACUACUUGCACACCUGGUUCUUAUCAACAUCAUCAUCAUUCUAAUAUGGUAUCUCAUAGAGGGGCUACUGAACCCGGGAUCCAUUCAGAUCAUGAAAUAAGAUCAGUAACUAUGGGCUCCUCUACUAAUUUAAGCACUGUCACGAGCAUCAAUAAUCGUUCUAUGCCGCCUCAUCCAUCUCCUUAUGUGAUGCAACCAUCUUCAUCAUCAUUGUCCUCUAAACAAUCCAAUCUAGAUUUUAUCAACCAAACAAAUAAAAAAACUCCCUGGCGUCCACAAAUUCAUUCACAUUUAAGUAAUCCACCACCCCCUUUAUCACCUGGUCUACCAAGACGAUUUGCUGAUGGCAUUCUAUCACCUCCUGACAUUUCUAACAAUGCAACUAUUCAAUAUUGUUCUUCAGGUCAGUCAUCCCCUUCUCCAGCAGGAUCUGCAACUCCGGUACCUACACCACGACGUGAAUCACUUGCUGGUACACCUUCUUGUCAACGAACAAUUUUACCUUUAAAUAAUAAUACUAAUAAUACUAUAAUUGUCAAUAAUAGUGGUGUACAUCCACCACCAAUUGCUACACGUCCCGAGAAAACAAAAUCCAUAUACACUCAACCAGUUGGUGAAGAUAUCAAUUCAACCAUUCAACCCAUCAAUUAUAACGAUGAUUCAUCUAUAAGUAUCAAUUCAACAUCAGUACAACUUCCAAAUGUUUAUUUACAAUCAACUGAUCCUACUAUUUUAUCAAUGAAAAAAUCUAAUUCUUAUGAAUUCGAUGAUGAAUCUACAACAAUGUUAUUAACUAAUAAUAAUAAUACACCUACUAUCCCUACUAUUGUAGAUGAUCAUAAUAAAAUGACAAAUUCUAUUUGUACAACUAUUACCUCUUCUACGAAUACUGAUAUUAAUAAUAUUCGAUCAAAAAUCAAUCAAACAAACACAUCAAUAUCCAUGACAUCAUCAUCAACAACAACAACAACAACAAUGCCCAUGACUACUAUCACUUCUAUACAUAAUCAUUCUCUUACUUGUAGUCAACAUAAUUUUCAUAAUACUAUUAAUACUUCAACUACAACAUGUACAGUUAAAUCAAUAAAUCAUCAACAAAUCUCAUCAAAUACUAUGAUUACUAACCCUAUGGACAAUAAUACUAAUCAUAAUAAUCAUGAUAAUAACCAUACAACUAGUACAUUAGAACGUAAUAAUUUAAAUAAAAAAUGUAAAUCUAAAAUGACUGAUGAAAUGAUACAAGAAAAACUUCGAAUGAUUGUUAGUAUUGGUGAUCCAAAUAGAAAAUAUCAAAGAUUAGAAAAAAUUGGUCAAGGAGCAUCUGGUGUUGUUUACAGUGGAAUUGAAUCAACAACUGGACGUCGUGUUGCAAUAAAACAAAUGAAUUUAAAAAAACAACCUAAAAAAGAAUUAAUUGUUAAUGAAAUUUAUGUAAUGAAAGUUAAAAAACAUCCAAAUGUUGUUAAUUAUUUAGAUAGUUAUCUUGUUGGUGAUGAAUUAUGGGUUGUAAUGGAAUAUUUAGAUGGUGGUUCAUUAACAGAAGUUGUUACUGAAACAUUAAUGGAUGAAGGACAAAUUGCAGCUGUAUGCAGAGAGUGUUUACAAGCAUUGGAAUUUCUUCAUAAAAAUCAAGUGAUUCAUCGUGAUAUUAAAUCAGAUAAUAUUUUAUUAGGAUUAGAUGGUUCAGUAAAAUUAACCGAUUUCGGUUUUUGUGCUCAACUUAGUCCAGAACAAACAAAACGUUCUACAAUGGUUGGUACACCAUAUUGGAUGGCACCAGAAGUAGUAACAAGAAAACAAUAUGGACCAAAAGUAGAUAUAUGGUCACUUGGUAUUAUGGCUAUUGAAAUGAUUGAUGGUGAACCACCAUAUUUAAAUGAAAAUCCUGUUCGUGCUCUUUAUUUAAUUGGUACAAACGGUAAACCAGAGAUUAAAGAACGUGAUAAAUUAAGUGCAGAGUUUCUAGAUUUCUUAGAUCGAUGCCUUGAAGUCAAUGUAGAUUUACGUGCAUCUGCAUUUGAACUACUUAAGCAUCCUUUUAUUGUACGACGUUCGAAACCGUUAUCCUCUUUAACACCGUUGAUUUUGGUCGCUCGAGAUCAAGCUAGAAAUCAAACACAAUAAUGUAAAAUGCCAACAUUUCAAUAUUAUCACUUUAUAGAAAAAGAUGAUGAAGAAGAAGUAGUUGUAAUGGUAGUAGUAGUAGAACUAUAAUUCCAUCUACUCCUGAUGAUGAUUGUGCGAAGUACUUUAUAUUCAAUAGGAUUUUGUUCAAUUGAUUAAUCUAUCCCAUUAUCAAUAUUCAUAUAAUCUUCUAUGUAUUCAUACUGUCCUUCAUCUAUCCAUCUAAUUACUACCACUACUACUACUACUACACACAUACACAUCUAUCUUCCAACUCUUUAACAUUUCAUCUCAUGAAUUAUGACAUUAUUGAUCAGUUGAACCAGUCAUUUGUUUCCAUUUGAGGUAAGUAAGGAGGAGGACGGAGGAAGGGGGGUGUUACAGAUGUAUGUUUUUCUUUCCUAAUCUAAUCUCCUUUUAAUUCUAUGAUACUAUCAUGUAAUUUUAGAUUAAAUUUUGAGUAUUGUGAACAAUCAAUGUAAAUGUGUAUGUGUGUGUGUUUUCUUUUAAUACCUCUCAUAUUAUUCUAUUGUAAAGUUAACUUAUGUAAUCAAUUAUUAUAUAAUAAUAAUAAUAAUAAGAGAAUUUACAUGAUCUAUCUAUUGAAGGAAACGCUUUUUUUUAGAUGGUAGAGCCCCCCUCACCAUCGUAUAAACAUGCAUACAUAUAAACAGGGAAUAUGAACUCAUCAUUUCAUACUUAACAACUAAACUUAAAUUCUCUUGUUACAUUUUCUUUUUUUUUUGUAAUGUUUAUCAAUUGACAACACAUGUCUUCCUCAACAUGUUCAUAAGUACGCACACGCAUGCACGCACAUGUGUAUAUGUGUGUGUGUGUGUGCGCGUAUGAAUUGGUGUAUUUUCAAUAGUAAAACCUGAUUCCUGUUGUUACUUGGCUCUUUUCUUUUUUUUUUUGUCUUUUUUCUGUUUUAAAGUAUUAAACACAAAAAAAACUUUUUGAAUUGCUCAUACCAAAAAAAGAAAGAAAUUUUUUAAAAUAUUCCGAUACUACUGUUUAAUGUACAUCGAAGCUAUACAUAUAUAUAUACAUGUUUUAUAUAAUUAUGCAAUAAUAUUUAACAAAAUCCACACCAUAUUACAACAUCAAACUUAUUUUUUAUGAUCAAUUUACACAGAAAGGAGGUCCUCUCUUUGUCUCUCCACCUCUCUCUUUCUUGUGUACUCGUGUGUGUGUGUGUAUGUGUUUUUUUUUGGGGGGGGGUACACUCGGGAUACUUAUAGAAACAUCGAUAUGUAUAUAUACACACAUAUAUUACACACUACAAGAUCAAUUCUCUGUGAAACUCAUUAUUUUCUUUCUUCUUCUUUUCGUUAUUUCCUCUUUUAGUUUCAGAUUCCUUUUCACGUUGGGGGGGGGGUGUCUUUCUUCUUAAAAUCCUUAAAGGUUGUUGAUAUUAUAUUAUUGUGUUUCUAAUUGGAUACGUAUUCAUGGUAUGAUGUAAUGCAAAUCAUGAUGUUGUUGAUGAUGAUUGCGCUUGUUGUCAAGAGGAAAGCCACUUUAUCAUAUGAUCACUGCUUGUUUCCACAUCAUUUAUUUAGUUGUCUCUUAUGAAGAGGUAUAUAUAUAUAUAUAUAUAUAUAUAUGUGUAAUUUUUUUCAAUUCCUGUGAUGAUUUUGACGUUUGUGUGUGUGAGAGAGAGAGAGGGGGGAGUGUGUGUGUGUGUGCGUGUUUGUGAAAAAGUACUCUAUUCUAUUACUUCUUUUCUGUUAUAUCACAUUAAUGAUUUUGUUCUUUUAAUAAUUUGUUUGUUUUGUUUUGUCUAUUUUGUUUCCUUCUAUAUUGUGUUGACCUUGGAAACUAAUUGAUUUUUAAUUUUUAUCUAAAUAUAAGUAAAAACAGGAAUAUUUAUACAUGCAUAUAUAUAUAUAUACUCAUGAUUGUUACUAGGCAUAGAUAAUCUUUAUGUCCGAUCGAUUCUUAUGAUAAUGUGAUUUGUCUCCUUAAGGUGUAAUUAAUCUUCACUUAAUAAUAAUAAUAAUAAUACGUGGGACCCCGGC